CCGACUUUCUUUAUUUUUUUUACCACUUCUCUCAACGACCAAAAUGUCAUAUUAUAUACAUACAUUGACUUAACACUUGCUGAAACAUCAAGUGAGAAACAAAAAACAAAAAAGAAACAGAAAGAUAAAAGCAAAAGAACAAUGGCUAUAAGCUUCAUUACCAUACCUCUCUUGACCCUCUCAGUAUUACUGCUUUCUUUGUCUCUUGACGUCGUCACAGCAACAGACUCGCAAAGGAAUGAGGCCGAGGUGAGGACAAUGUAUGAGCAAUGGCUUGUGAAGAAUGGGAAGAACUAUAAUGGUCUUGGAGAAAAGGAGAGACGGUUCAAGAUCUUUGCGGACAACUUGAAGAGCAUCGAAGAACACAACUCGGAUCCUAAUCAGAGUUACCAACGAGGGUUGAACCAGUUUUCAGACCUGACAGCUGAUGAGUUUAGAUCUACUUACUUAAGAGGUAAGGUGGAAAAGAAGAGUGUGUCGGAUGUAGAGGAGAGGUAUAAGUACAAGGAAGGAGAUGUUUUGCCUGAUGAAGUUGAUUGGAGAGAGAGAGGAGCUGUUGUUCCACGAGUCAAAGCACAAGGAGACUGUGGAGGUUGUUGGGCAUUUGCGGCAGUUGGAGCCGUGGAAGGUAUAAACCAAAUCACUACCGGAGAACUGAUAUCUUUGUCCGAACAAGAACUCCUUGACUGUGACAGAGGGACUGACAACUUUGGAUGUACUGGAGGUGGAGCAGUAUGGGCUUUUGACUUCAUUAUCAAAAACGAUGGUAUAGUAUCAGAUGAAGUUUACCCUUAUAGUGGUAAUGAUACUGCAGCUUGCAAGGCCAUUGAGAUGACUACAACUCGAGUUGUUACCAUUAAUGGCCGUGAGGUUGUACCUGAAAACGAUGAGAUGUCUUUGAAGAAAGCUGUUGCUCAUCAACCUAUUACUGUUAUGAUAUCAGCAGCAAACAUGAGCGACUACAAAUCAGGGGUGUAUAAAGGACCAUGUAGUAACUUGUGGGGAGACCAUAAUGUACUAAUUGUUGGAUAUGGAACAUCACCUGAUGAAGGAGACUACUGGCUUAUUCGUAAUUCAUGGGGACCUGGAUGGGGAGAAGGCGGAUACCUAAGGCUCCAACGUAACUUCAAUGAACCGACCGGGAAAUGUGCCGUCGCAUUGGCGCCUGUAUACCCAAUUAAGUCGAACUCUUCAUCUAAUUUGUUGUCUCCAAGUGUGUUUAAAUUGGUUCUCUUAUUGGCUUUUCAGUUAAUUAGUUUGGCCUUGCUUUGAGAUAGUCUUUAUUGGUGUUCAAGCUCGUUUCAUUUCUUCUGUUGGCUUUUACCAAGGACUUUGAAUAAGUAGAAUUGUUAUCUCUAUGUCUUGUUGGUUGCUUUUUUGGAUUAAUAAAGAAAACAAGAUUUGUCUCAAA